CGUGAUAUUGGUCAUUGCAAUUGUGUAUGAUCCUCGCUAUAAACUUGACUUUGUGGAGUGGUGCUAUAAGAAGCUUUAUGUUGAAGGCUCUCUUAAGUAUUUUCAUGUUCAAGACAAACGUUUUUCUCUAUUUGAUGAGUAUACGAGCAAAUUUGUUGUCACCUCUUCUUCUCAAUCAUCGACUGUUCCCCGUGGUGGUGUAGUUGCUUGUGAGCUAAUCUUGAACACACAACCUGUGUUAGAUUUGAAG